CUGGCCCCUCUGCUGCCUCCCGAGCGGGCCAUGCCCCCGCGGGACCUCAGCGAGCCGGAGCCGCCGCCCCUCCGGGCCCCGACCCCUCCCCCGCGGCGCAGCAGCGCGCCCCCGGAGCUGGGCAUCAAGUGCGUGCUGGUGGGCGACGGCGCAGUGGGCAAGAGCAGCCUCAUCGUCAGUUACACCUGCAAUGGGUACCCCACGCGCUACCGGCCCACGGCGCUGGACACCUUCUCCGUGCAAGUUCUGGUGGACGGAGCCCCCGUGCGCAUUGAGCUCUGGGACACAGCGGGACAGGAUGACUUUGACCGGCUUCGUUCCCUCUGCUACACGGAUACCGACGUCUUCCUGGCCUGCUUCAGCGUGGUACAGCCCAGCUCCUUCCAAAACAUCACAGAGAAAUGGCUGCCCGAGAUCCGCACGCACAACCCCCAGGCGCCGGUGCUGCUGGUGGGCACCCAGGCCGACCUGAGGGACGACGUCAAUGUACUGAUUCAGCUGGACCAGGGAGGCCGGGAGGGCCCGGUGCCCCAGCCCCAGGCUCAGGGUCUGGCCGAGAAGAUCCGGGCCUGCUGCUACCUCGAAUGUUCGGCCUUGACGCAGAAGAACUUGAAGGAGGUAUUUGACUCGGCUAUUCUCAGCGCCAUUGAGCACAAGGCUCGGCUGGAGAAAAAACUGAACGCCAAGGGUGUGCGCACCCUCUCGCGCUGCCGCUGGAAGAAGUUCUUCUGCUUUGUUUGAGCAAGGAUGACGGCAGGGUAGUGAGCAGUGGAUGCGUGGCCAGAGACUUCUGGAACCUGGGACUCGGGGGCCCCUGGAGGGGGCUACUGACAGUGGAUCAGGCCACCCAAGGGACUUAGUUCUCUUCUGAACGCUGUGGGGGCAGAGGGCAUCGAAUGGCCCACGCUGUUUUCCCAGGGUGAGCCUGGAGGCUCAGACCCAGAUUUCUGUGGUCAUAGCUUACAGGAAAGCCAGCACUUGAUGGG